AUUUCGCACACCUGAGUCUGGGGGCCGGAGUCGCUGUUGCAGAAUACUACUAUUACCCUCAUCCUCUUGGUGAUCGCCCUGCCCCACCCAUAUGGCCUUCUGAAUUCAGGGAACUUCUGGAUUCAGGGCCUGCAUAUGGACAGGGUGGUUACCAAUGGGAUGACGGUAAUAUUUAAUUGAUGAUGUUGGCAAACUCAUCGGAAAAUCGACCCGGCGCUGGAAAACUCACCGGGGGCAGAGCUCUGAAGUGGCCGCCAUACCACUCCUCUCGCUGACAUUUCACGAAGAAGAUAACGAACGCGAAAAUUAUGCUAAAUUUUAGUGCUUUUUGUUGUUUGACUUUGUUUUUGUGUUCUAGGGUUUCAGGGUUUGGUUGCUGGUGACAGGGUUCGAAAGCUCGAGGAUUUUGACCUUUAGCAAGGACUUGUUCUUUCUGUAUGAAUCAACUCUCAAUUCUAUGAAAUUUCAGUUUCGAUUUCAAUGCCUGUUUUGAAAUUUAUUUCAUGAUGUUCGAAUUGGGAUCUCAAACAUCGCCUUUGUGCUUGGAUUUAUGAUGCAAAUCUUAAAUUUUGUAACUCGUCUAAAUUUGGAGUAUGUGAGAUAAGAUAUAUUCUGAGAUCGUGUUUUUCCUUGUUUGAAAACUGUCCCCGAAAGGCGUCAUCACCUAGCUCAGUCUACUCGUUAUUAUUUCCAGGGUGCCCUUGGGUCGAGUGUUUGUCACUAACUUGGCUUAUCAUGGCCCUUCAAUUGAAAUGGCACUAGAUAUGUUUGACGUGCUCGUUCUGCGCAUUUGAUAUGUCUGAGGGCUGAUACGACAUGUCAAUGGCAUAUCACGACAAUGUGCAUAGAUAGUCGUAACCUCGUUGCUUGUUGGCAUAAAGCGAGAGCUUGGCAUGCGAUUGGCUUGUUAUGGCAUAUCAUAGCAAAAUCUAACGAGUACAAAUUUGUGGCCUUCACUACUUAUACUCAAGAGUCGGAUGACAUUGUGAGACUUAUUACUCCACCCUAAGCGGUAGUAAACACCAUCAGUUGUGAUUCUUGGAAACUACUUUGGUUUGGCCUGACAGGUUCCAGAUGUGCUUCAAGGGAAUGUGUUUUUGGCUGGGAAUUGAGCAAGAUAAGGAAAUAUCUGUUUAUGACACUUUUGAUGACCCAGAAGGCAGGAGAGUGAUCAUUUCUUUGAGUCGCGAGGUAUUUCAUGGUAUACCCGAACCAUCUGAGCUCCAACGAUUACCCCUGGGGCGUGACCUUGAUUUGAAGCUUAUUGUGUGGAAUGAAUCAGUUUCUUAUGGUUCACAAUGAUGGACGCGUAGUUUGCUUCUUUGUACUAAAAAGCUUAUGUAUGUUCCCAUUGAAACACGAGGUGAGUUUGUUGGUUAUGUGAAUACCAUAGUUUCGGUCAGGGGACGCAACCACAAGCCUGAGAGCAUAGAGAAUAAUUGCUCAGACAAAGAUGGAGAUGCGAUGGUGGCGGUAGACGGGAAGAGGGAAAGCUGCAGGAGGCGGUACUCAUAUUCCGUUUGGGCCGUUCCACCGCCUGAUGUUUCCCAUAGAAUCAAGAAGGUGAAGGAGGGCCUCCGGGCAGAGUUCGGUGCGUUUCCCUGUAAACAGUUCUAUGCCAUAUUUGAGCCUCCUCUACGGGAAGCCGACGGAAGAAGAAGAAGAGGAAAAAAGCUCGAGAAAUGGUUAAUGCUCUGGAUGAGGGCAUUACUAGCUUGAAAUAUUGGAUCAACUACGAUGACAGAUCUCUGAAAUCUUGGAGGAAGAUUGAUGAAAUCGGCCAUUAGACAAGUUCUCCGAAUUCAUAUAAUGCAAGCAAGUUAGCGACUCUGAGGUCGAACAAAGUUGUAAUAUAUCAAUCAUUUGCAAACGUGGAGUAAUAUAUCAAUAUCAAGGGAUCCAGGGAACGAAUAGGGAGUUAUUAAUAAUA